UCUCGUCUCAGCGUUGUUCCUGUGAUAGCUACCGUCGUCAGAAGACAUCAAAAGUUAAAAAGACACAAUUAUCUAAAACGUAGUUUUGUUAGAUCAUCAUGUUUAGGUCAUUGAGUGUCUGCUGACAAAAUCAUCUUCGUAAGUUGUGUCGUUUUGCAGUUUGCUGGACCGUUAGGUCUGCUGCCUCAUCAGGUUAGCUAGCUGGCUAACUGAUUCCAGGCAUUUGUUUUGUUUUGUUAGAGACGAAUACCAUACAAUUUGUUUGACACAUGAGUGUCUCACUUGUCGUUAUCCGUUUGGAGUUAGCGGACCAGUCCCCUCUCCCACAAGGUUUCCAGUAUUGUGCUGUUGACAUGGCCGAGGAGGAGGCGAGAGACAAGGCCCUGGGCACCGCUAAGACCUCGCUGAAUGGCAAGACAGACUUGGAGAGAUCAGCAAUACUGCACCAGCACAUUGGAAGCAGGGCUAUGGGUGAUAUGGUCAUUGAGACCAUUGCAUCCAUCACAGAUAAAGCGGGAGACGUCUCUGGUGGUUCCAGCGAAAGUGACCAGGGCGGCGUGGCACCUGAAGAUGGAAGGCCGUCGAGCCGGAGCGUGAAGGAGGGCACUGGCACUGCCCCUGCCCCGGAGUCCCCCUCCAAGCAGCUGCCCGACCAGAUCUCCUUCUUCAGUGGAAACCCCUCUGUGGAGAUCGUUCAUGGCAUCAUGCACCUCUACAAGACCAACAAGAUGACGUCUCUGACGGAGGACGUGCGUCGGAGCGCCAUGCUGUGCAUCCUGACUGUGCCGGCCACCAUGACCAGCCACGACCUCAUGCGCUUCGUGGCGCCCUUCAACGACGUCAUGGAGCACAUGAAGAUCAUCCGAGACUCCACGCCCAACCAGUACAUGGUGCUCGUCAAGUUCAGAACACAGGCCGACGCAGACAGUUUCUACACGGCCUGCAAUGGUCGGCAGUUCAACUCCAUCGAAGACGCCGUGUGUCAGCUGGUGUACGUGGAGAGGGCCGAGGUCAUUAAAUCGGAAGAGGGGGCCAGCCUGCCGGUGAUGGACCUGACGGAGCUGCCUAAGUGCACGGUCUGCCUGGAGCGGAUGGACGAGUCGGUCAACGGCGUGCUCACCACCCUCUGCAACCACAGCUUCCACAGUCAGUGCCUGCAGCGCUGGGAGGACGCCUCAUGUCCGGUCUGCAGAUACUGCCAGACUCCAGAGCCCGUAGAGGAGAACAAGUGCUUUGAGUGUGGAGUACAGGAGAACUUGUGGAUCUGCCUGAUCUGUGGCCAUAUCGGGUGUGGCCGCUACGUCAGUCGCCAUGCCUACAAGCACUUCGAGGAGACGCAGCACACCUAUGCUAUGCAGCUCACCAACCACCGCGUCUGGGACUACGCCGGAGAUAACUACGUCCAUCGACUGGUGGCCAGCAAGACAGAUGGGAAGAUGGUGCAGUACGAGUGCGAGGGAGACUCGUGUCAGGAUGAGAAGAUCGAUGCCCUGCAGUUAGAGUAUUCUUACCUACUGACCAGCCAACUGGAGUCCCAGCGCAUUUACUGGGAAAACAAGAUCGUCCAUCUGGAAAAAGACACAGCAGAGGAGAUCAACAACAUGAAAGCCAAAUUCAAGGAGACCAUCGAGAAAUGUGACAACCUGGAGCUCAGGCUGGGCGAGCUAGCCAAAGAGAAGCAGUCUAUGGAGAAGAAGUGCACCCAGCUGGGCACGCGCGUGACCAAGCUGACGCAGGAGCUGCGCGAGGAGCAGGAGAUGAACCGCUGCCUGCGCGCCAACCAGACGCAGCUCCAGGGCCAGCUCCAGGAGGAGGAGCGGCGGGGGCGCGACGCCACCCAGCGCAAGGACGCCGCCAUCGGGGAGCUGCAGGAGCAGCUGCGCGACGUCAUGUUCUACCUGGAGACGCAGCAGCAGAUCAACCACCUGCCCGCCGAGACGCGGCAGGAGAUCCAGGAGGGCCAGAUCAACAUCGCCGCCGCCCCGCAAACGCAGCAGCAGGCUGGGGCCGGACAGGGGGGCGCGGCCGGGGGCACUGGUGGUGGCGGUUUGGCACAGGGAGCUGGAGCCGGAGGGGGGAAAGUGGGAGGAAGGAAGGGACGUGCCAAAAGGGGGAAGUAAGAAGUAAGAGGAGGUGUGAGUGAGAGAUCAGACGAGGGAGGGGAAAGAUUGCUAAUGGAUGGAUGUCUGGAGCCAGUGGCAAAAGGUUUUAGUCACAAGAACAUGCCCACACAUGCAAACAGACACACACACACACUCUCCUCUGUCGUCAUGAGGGCAUGACAAAAUGUAGCCAUCCGACCGCAUGUUUUUGUCUUUUUGCUCUCUCCUUUAUGCCAACCUGCCUCGGUUUCCAUACGCCUCUGCAGGGAAAUUGCACACACACACACACACACACACACACACACACACACACACACACACACACAGACUACCAAGUUUCGGGCUAAAAGUUGGUGUGGAUGAUAAGAGGGGAGGCGUGGUGCAGGGCUCUGCUGCUGGACUCGUUAUUAGUGUUUUGCUCUUGCCUUUAAGAAGAAGAAAAAAGCAGAAUUGUGUCCUCACAUGGUGUGGCGCCACAGCUGCAAUGCACACUUGCACAAUUAAGAUGAAUAAAAGUAUAUAAGAAAACAACACAACGACACAAAUACCUGCAUAACUGGAGAAUGGUUGCAAUUUAGCCAUGUUUGUCAUCACUUAUCCCCCCCCCAGUGAGCCCCCAUAGAGUUUGUUGUGUUUUGUGUUGAUGUUGUGACCGAUAGAUGUCGCAUCCACUGGUCACAUCCUUCUUAGCACUAAGCAUCCCUCUUAGCGUGUUAGCCAGGUGGUACAUGGUGGUAGCUGACAAACGAGGAGAAAAGCGAGACCGUUUUAGUUGUUUUGUUUCUGUUUGUGUUAGGUACACACUUUUAGGCUGUACUCUUUGUCACACUACCCCAAAGCAAGAGAAUAGGAUUGAGGAACUGGAAUUUGUCAUUUGUCCUUGUGUGUGUUGUACCCCCCCCCCCCCACUUGCCCUCACCGGACAUAAGGAUGGCACUUGACCCCAAAGCCAGAGUACUAAUAUCCUAGUAGCCACCGAGUUCUCGUCAGGCACAGCACAGUCUUUAACAAAGAAAGGAGUGUUUUUUUCUCUCUCUCUCUUGGCCACACUUGUCUGUGGUCACAGGAAGUGAAGUGUUGCCAUGUGUCCUUGAGAUAGGGCUGUGUUGGGCCAUGUAGGCUCGUGUCCCGUUUCCUCACUGCCUCGUGCAGCGUGGCGCUCGCGGGCUUGAUCAAGGAAGUGUGAAAUUUAUAAAGAUAAUCGAAAUAAAGAAAAAAAAGCCUGCCAAUGGAAGACUUGUAUCAUCUGCCAGGUGCCUAUGCCUAAUUGAAUAUAUUUAAUUUGACUUUUGUUUUUCACUUAUUUUUGUCUUUGUAUGCUGAAGUAAUGUUGUAUUUAUUGUGUGGAGAGCGCAGGAACAUUUUUGUUUGACAAAAAAAACAGAACUUUUUUUGUAUGAGCCAAAAUAUUUAAUUGUGAUCUCUGACAAGGAGCUUUAUUUGUAUUACCACUCCUGUUGGAGACACCAGGAUCAUGUGAAUGAUGUUUAUAUGAGAAGUUUUCUUUUGUUCUCCUGCAUAGACAUGUACAGUAUCACUGGAAUGUCCAGAUGCUUUACAGGGUUACCAUGAAAGUCAGUACUCUUUGAAAUACAAUCCAAACAGCUCACUCCAACCAGUGAUGGGCAAUCUGGGUUCAGAAUCUUGUAAUCCAUCCAGUGCCGCAUAUUCCAAAUGACCUUGUUUUACCUGUCCAUGUUCUGACAGGUAAAACCAGGUCAUUUGGAAUAUGUUGCACUGGGUUUUAGCUUCUGAAACCUGGUUGCCCAUCACCCACUCUCUGGUUUAGGAUAAAGAUAUGCAUCUCACUGUCAGCAAUACCUCAUACUGGAUGGACUCUUAACAUUGAUAUAAAUGUAGCCAUAGUCUUUUCCUCCUUGCUCCAGCAAUGACCCGAUCUGUGAUGUUACUUUCACUUAAACCUCUUGCUGGCAUGCUUAUCUCAGUUCUGCUGUUUAAGAGCUACGGAUAAACACACAGUAAGGAGCAUCACCAAUCCCAUCUGUGCAGGAACUAGUAGAACUUCACAAACACUUCAGUCUUAAUAAACAUUUCAACAAAC